AAUCAUUUUCUUUGUCUACCAAACACGUUUGGGGAGAAAAGAAGGUGUACGGAAGUGACAGACUAUUAGGGCAAAAACAAACAAACAAACCCAUCAAACACAAUAAUUCAAAUUCGAAAUAAUUUUUUUUUCAAACUUUUGAAGAUUUUUGGAAUCUCACAACUGUCACCAGUGUUUAUCCAUUAGGAUUAUAUAGCCCUAGAUCUGAUCGACAAAUCUGCUUUUUUUUUAGCUGAGAAAGGGUUUCAUUCUUCAAACCGUUUUCAUCAUCUGUAGGGUGUGAAGGAACUUGUCCUAGUUGAGAUCUCUAGCUGUAAUGCAGCUUUGACUUUUUUUUUUGGGUUGGGGUGAUUUUUGCUUAAAAUUGAGUUGUUUCCACUUUUGAAGUUUAUAUAUAAUGGUUUUCUGGGAAGGAUAUGUGAGUGAUGAAGUGAUGGGAACAUUUGCCCCUAUUGUGAUAUAUUGGAUAUAUGCUGGAUUUUAUCACUUGCUUCCAUCUUUAGAUAGUUAUCGGCUGCAUACUAUGAGAGACGAGGAAAAAAAGAAUUUGGUGCCUUUUAAAGCAGUUGUGAAGGGUGUUUUGCUUCAGCAGCUUGUUCAGGCAGUUGUUGCACUCACCUUGUUGACGACAACGUCAAACGCAUCUGGGGUGACGGUGCAGCCUUCUAUCACCAAGCAAAUUCUUCAGAUCGUUAUUGCGAUGUUUGUAAUGGAUACAUGGCAGUACUUUGUGCAUCGGUACAUGCAUCAGAACAAGUUUCUAUACCGCCAUAUCCACUCCCAACAUCAUAGAUUAGUUGUUCCUUAUGCAAUAGGAGCUCUUUACAAUCACCCCAUCGAGGGUCUUCUACUCGAUACUGUUGGUGGAGCCAUCUCGUUUCUUGCCUCCGGGAUGACAUCGAGAACAGCCGUCAUAUUCUUCUGCUUUGCUGUUGUGAAAACCGUUGACGACCACUGUGGACUGUGGUUACCUGGCAACAUCUUCCAUUUAUUUUUCCAGAAUAACACGGCGUAUCAUGACAUUCAUCAUCAACUACAAGGACUGAAAUACAAUUAUUCGCAGCCGUUCUUUCCCAUAUGGGAUAAACUUCUCGGGACAUACAUGCCUUUCAAUCUUGUAAAGCGGCCCGAAGGAGGGUUUGAGGCAAGGCCUUCAAAGGACUAGUUACAAUGGUAAUUGUUAUGGCAGCGUUUUUCGAUCGAACCAGAGGCUUUACUGCAGACAUUUCUUGAGUUGAGUGGCGCUUACAGAUUUUUUUUGGUGGCUUGACAAUGUUUUCAGAUCAUGUUAUUGCAGUAGGUUUUGCCAACCCACCUUGUGUAGCAUAACAAUGAUGUCGUGGUUAAUGAGAUAACUUUUCAUUAUUAUUAUGAUGUACUUAAAAAAAAAACAUUUUUUUAAGGUGUAUGUUGCUAAAAAAGUAUCAGAUUUUUUAGCUACCAUAUUUGUUAUUUCUAUUACUACUUGUAUUACAUUAAGUGUGGAUUACAAUACACUGUAUUAGAAACUUUUAUCCUUAAUUUUAAAUCAUUGGGAUGGAAUGAAAAUGACUUCAACCUGUUA